UCUAAAACAACAUUAACAACACAUAGACAAUUUGUAUUUUUCAUUGGACACGAGACGUACGAAGAAAAACAACAAUAACAUUUAAACUUUACAGCAAGACUUACAACUCAUGGUUUCCAUGGCAAUUUUCAUGGUAAACAAACAGCGCCGGGUUGGAUGUUGAAACCAAGAACCCCAAAUCAAGUAUUAAUUCAUUCAGUACGCAGAAAAUUUCAGUUUAGUUAUGUUUACAAACAAAAAACAAUUUAAAACUGGAGUUUAUCGCACCAAAAAUUCUAUCUCGAACUUUCGUUGCAGGUAAGUAGAGUUUGUUCAAAUAUAUUAUUCUAUUUGCAUUUACGUAGGUACUUGUUUCACAGAUUAACCAUUCGAAAGAUCCAUUCCUUAAUAGAUGUACCAAAUCUAGAGGGUCUUGACAAAAGCCUCGAAGCUACCGAUUUGCCUGAAAAUGGUUCAUAUGAGACACGAAUCAUUUCGUGGCAGGAGAAAAUUUUUAGCCAAUACGAAAAAGAUUAUUAUCGCAUAAAAGAGAACUGCAAAACGGACCAUCAAAAAAAGUAUUACCAAAUGCUGAAAGCAGAACCACACGAACCUCAACUUCUGUUCACGUAUGUUGAUGAAGACAAUUACUAUCCAGAUGAACAGAAUAACGCCCCUCAGCUGCAAUUGUCUAAGCUUAUGCAAAAUAAAACUCAAUCACUACAUCUUAUGGCUGAUUUAGGGCGCGAAGUGCUACUGUAUACACUGACUUGGAACCCGGAAGAAGGCAUAAUGACAGUAUUCCCCGAUUUCAAUAACAUUACCACCAACCCUUUGUAUCAGGAAAUGCGUGAGUCCAAUCUUCAUAUGUAUCACUACGCUCUGGAGAGGUAUUUUGUGGAAAAACCACAUACGCCAAUCAUUAAGAAUCAUGUGGGAUGUAUAGGAAAGAGUAACAUUUUAAUGUCCCCCACGAUGGUUCAUAAAGAUCGGUUUGAAAUCCCGAAACAGCUUCAUCGAAAUUUACUCAUUUUGCUCGAGAUAGUUCGAGCUACAAAUUUUGACUACGACGGGAUUCAUAUACGUUAUCGAAUCAAUCUUCCUGUCGACAUAAAAAUGGCUAAUAAGAAUAGUGAGCUCACAGGCAGUACACAUGCUUCCAAGCAGCUGAAUGGUUUUUGGCAUUUUGGGCAUUGUCACGAGCUUCUCCUAAAUGUUCCAAUCACAAGCGUGGCACAACUAUCCGUGGACGUUUACUUUGAAGCUAUUUCCAUCGACAGCUGGUGUCGGGAACGUUACCUAGGCCAUGCUCACCUUUCCAUACCAUUAAGAUCACAAAUCAACGAAACUACGAUCAACUUCAUGCAAUUAACUAACGCGGGCAGUAUGGCUGACCGUCUGGAAGUUUUCCUUGUGGGUAAUCGUCGGCAAGUUGAUUUACCAGCGUUUUAUGGCAUGACUGGGACAACCAUACUUAACCGGUAUGCUAACGAGUCAAGUUCGUCCGGGCGGCUGCAAAUUCAAUUCCAAGCUGUACAGCAGCACGUACCAAAAAUUCUCAACGAAGGAUACUUUAAAACUGCAAGAAAAUCGAAAAACAUCACCCUGAAGGAGCUUAUCACAUCUUACAACACCGCGAGGGAACGGCUAGAGGAAUUUGUAGAUUUGCAGUAUUAGCUCUUUUCCAACAUAGCCAAUUGUUUUGUCUGAGGCGUUACAGGUAUCAUUACAAAUAAAAACUUACUCUGCGGGAAAAUAUGA